AUGGAGGGCUUAAAGCCAGCCCCCUCCCCCACUGUAUUGGGCAAACACUUGUCAAUUUCUGAUGGAGAGCCCRUGAGUGAUCCCUUUCUAUACAGAAGCACUCUUGGUGCCCUUCAAUAUCUUACCAACACUCGGCCAGACAUCGCGUAUAUUGUUAAUCACCUGAGUCAAUUUCUCAAACAGCCCACCGACAUACAUUGGYAAGCUGUGAAGCGGGUGUUACGCUACUUAAGUGGUACAAAACACAUGGGCCUCCACAUCCAACCAAGUGACACGGUCUCUCUCACAGCUUAUUCUGAUGCAGACUGGGCAUCAAACAUUGAUGAUCGCAAAUCAAUUGCUGCUUAUUGUGUUUUCUUUGGAAACACUCUUGUCUCGUGGUCGUCAAAGAAACAAACGGCUGUUGCUCGCUCCAGUACUGAGUCCGRAUAUCGUGCUCUUGCUCAUGCUUCCGCUGAAAUUAUUUGGCUGCGACAACUCCUUGGUGAACUUGGUGUCAACGUUAGUUCUCCGCCCAUUAUUUGGUGUGACAAUAUCAGUGCUGGUGCUCUAGCAACUAAUCCAGUCUUCCACGCUCGGACCAAGCACAUUGAAAUAGAUGUCCACUUUGUUCGGGAUCACGUGUUACGCGGUGCUCUUGAAGUUCGUUAUGUACCAUCUGCUGAUCAACUAGCCGAUUGCCUGACUAAACCACUCAUUCACUCUCAGUUCCACCUACUACGAUCCAAACUCGGAGUGCUUGACCUACCCGCUCGUUUGCGGGGGGAUGUUAACGUAACUUCAGCAAGGAAGUUGAAGCCACACACCACGUCAUAG